GUUUUAUGGUAUCGUGAUACGAUGCAACUAGACACGACCGAGCAAAGGAUAAUGGAAUCACGUGGGUCUAGACAUACGCUCGUUAUCCGUAAAGUGCAUCGACUCGACUUUGGAAAUUACACUUGCGUGGCGGACAAUCAGCUUGGGAAAACGAGAAAGAGCAUCCAAUUAACCGGAGCACCAAAGGCGGCCACCUUCAAGAGCUCGUCCACGGGGAAUUAUCGGGAGAGCUACAACAUCAGCUGGGAGGUCGAGUCGCACAGUCCGAUCGAAGAGUAUCAGCUGCUGUUCCGCCGGAUUUCGGACGAUAGCAACCAUCCUCAACCGCUUCACGUGCAGAGUCAGCGCAAGUUUGGACUGACGGAAAACCGCACCUACUCAGCAGUGGGGUACAGUAUAGGCAUGGGCUACACUCGCUCCUCCAAAGGCUACUCGGACUGGAGGAAUGUGAUUUUGCCGGCUUCGCGAGCUACUAACAGGGGGGUGCAGUCGAUGAGCUAUGUGAUAAGAGGGCUGGAGCCGGGCCAGCAGUACGAGGCCAAAGUACAGGCGCGGAACAAGUUCGGCUGGAGCCCCAUCUCGAAAUCGUUCAUCUUCCAGACCACUGACCGAGAUAUGGCCUUUUCCGAUAUAACGCGUUACUACGAGAAGGAUGAGCCGAGUACGUUGGACGACUUUUUCGGAGUCGGACCAGCCGGCCACUCCAACUGCAUUGGCCGCCCCCUGAGCUUGCUCAUACUGUCUUGGAUCUUCAGCAGCUUCAGCUAAGUGGAUCAAUUGCGGCCAAAUCUAGAACAUUAAAGCAAAAAAUGUGCGAAGAAUUGAAGGCAAGUAGCGUUCUUGUAACAUGUUGGUUGCGUCCAAUUCUUCCAACUGAUUCGAUUCGAUUAUUUCUCGAUAAUUUCGUUCAAAAACAGUUUGAAUAAUUUGUAUUAGGUCUGGGUAACACUGUGUUGAGUUGUUGCCGCUCUCUGAGUUAACGAGUUAUAACUCACUUAUUAAAGCGAGGUAAAGCUUUACGUGACCCGAGACUACAAUUUUAACAUCUAAAAAAAGGUUAUCAACAUUUUGUAAUUAAAGCUAAAAAA